AUGGAGUGUGAGAUUGCAAAACAGAAGACUUCUUUCACUAUCCAAGUCGUAGCUUCAUCACCCAAAAUGUCAAGCCCAGCGUCGAGGAGAGGUUUCUUCAUGGCUCAACUCACCCUCAGAGUUUUGGCCAUUGGGUUUACGCUUUCUGCAAUAGCUACAAUGGUCACGAGUGCCCAGUCAAUAUCCAUUUUUGGAAUUGAUAUGCAAGCCCGUUACACCUACUCAUCUGCAUUCAGGUUCAAAGUUGGGGCAGAUGCUGUGGUAUGCGCUUGCUCUUUUAUGUCACUCAUCCUUGUUUCUGCGUUGAACCAUCCAAAAUCAAACACCGGAAAUUAUUUCUAUGCGCUUUUGCAUGAUAUGGUGACGAUGGUGUUGGCGAUAUCGGGAUGUGCGGCAGCAACUGCGGUGGGUUACGUGGGUCGUUUUGGACAGAGCCAGACAGGUUGGAUGGCCAUUUGCGAUCACAUGGGUAAAUUCUGUGGCAAAGUGAUGCUUUCCCUUUUAUUCUCUUACUUGGCCUUCUUUUCCCUCUUCACGCUUACAAUCAUGGCUGCAUACAAGCUCAAGUCUCCGGCGGCCAUGGAAUGA